AUGGGGCGGCGAACACCUGUUCACUGGGCAGUCCAGAUCUGCAUUCUAGGUGUAACUCUACUGUCGCUUGCCUCUGCAUCUCUAUUCCUCCCAGAAGAAUCUCCCACGGAGAUCACUUCAAACGAUGGAUACAGUUUCCUUGAUGAGACACCGCGGCUGACUCCUCGCGAUGGAAAGCCGUUUACACUCCGCAUUAUGCCCCUGGGUGCGUCCAUUACCUACGGAUACCAGUCAACCGAUGGCAAUGGCUAUCGACGGUGGCUUCGUCAGCAACUUCGUCACUCUGGAUGGUGGGUGAAUAUGAUCGGCAGUCACCCCAAUGACACCAGCACGAUGAAUGACAAUGAGGUGGAGGCCACGUCAGGCUUUAGAGUCGACCAGGUCACCGAAGCGGCCGAGAAAACCAUCCCGCAACAGCCAAACCUCAUUCUGAUAAAUGCUGGCACGAAUGACGCAAAUCAGUACAAAGACCCAGCAGUCGAUGUCUACAAGACAGGCGAACGGAUGGAUGCUCUUCUGACACGUCUGUACGACGCAAUUCCAGGCACUACCAUCAUACUAUCUACUCUGCUCCCCAGGGUUACCACGGAUAAUGAGAUCGUGAAAUUUUCCAGAUACAUUAGUGAUCAGUAUCGACAGAUUGUUGCCGCGCGCCGUCAACAAGGCCAACGCAUUGUCCUCGCUGAGAUGAGUGACUUCAUCAAACCUGAGGACUUGAUCGAUGGGACACACCCAACGGACUUUGGUUAUAAGAAAAUGGCCUCGGUGUGGUGGGAAGCUAUUCAAGAAGCCGAGCGGGAAGGGCUGCUCCAGCCACCAAACCACACAGGUGUAAGUGACACUAAGAGAACGACCUGCAAAAAGGAAUACGGAAGUGGUAAUAAGAGAGGUCGGGUUCAAACCCAGCGUGGGAGUGGGGCCGAUGACGGAAAUUAUGUCCAUAGCUCCAAGGAUAUGGGGCGCAUCUUCAGUCCGGCUACUACGAAGGAAGAGAAGGACUUCGAUCCUGGUAUCAACUACGCUCAAUUGGUGAAUAAGUUUGGUGCCCACCGAGAAGGUGCCUUGGAUGAGUUGGUUUGGACAAAGGAUGGGGAUGGUACGUAUAUGUUCAUUAAUAACAAUGAUGGGAAGUUUGGAAGUGCUGUCAAGAUUGACGUCAAGGAUGGAUGUCUCGCUAGAGGCGCCCGAUGGGGCGAUGUGAAUGGGGAUGGCCUGGACGAUUUCAUCUGCAUCAGCAGGGAGGGACACAUGUAUGUCUCAAUUAAUGAAAAUCAAAACAACGACAUUCCCACUUUCCGAAGCAUUGGACUGGUCAAGGACAAACCUGGUAAUGGCCUGGGUCAGAUCAACGUUCGGCUCGGCGACAUCGACGGGGACGGAAGGAUAGACUACUGCCUGAUUCAUAACAACGGUGAUAUUCGGUGCUGGCGCAAUGGUGGCCAGAAGGAUGCACCCACCAAAGAGUACGGUGGAUAUUGGCAAGAUCUCGGUAUCGUGUUCAAAGGUAAAGGAAUGGGAGAUAUCACCGGCGUGCGCCUCGUUGAUAUCAACGGAGACUUCCGCAGUGAUUGGCUAUGGCUGGACGACAAGGGUAAAGUAACAACCUAUAUCAACAAUCGGGGCACUGGAAAGAAUCUCAUUCCGGACUGGCGCGAGGCCGGGGUCACUCACGCUGGGAUGGGCGUCAAUGGCGCCAAAAAUCGAAUCAAGUUUGGAAGAGUGUAUGCUGGAGGUGGAGCUGACUACACCUGGAUCGAGUCUGUGAAACAAACGAAUGGCGACUGGAAGCAUUACGCCCAUGUCUAUAAGAACACUGGACACGGCGGUACCAAGCUGAAGGGUGAUGGUGUCUAUUACUGUGAUAUGCGUGGCACCGGUGCUGACGACUAUGUUUGGAUAUCAUCUGAAGGACGAGGCUAUCUUUACGGAAACGUUCACGAUCCACCUGUUUGGAAGCCAGAAGGAACUGAGAUAUUCAACGUCAAAAAAGACCGGAAAAGUCUCCACUUGGCUGACUUCGAUGGCGACGGAAAAUGCGAUCUGUGGGCUGUGAAUCGAGAUACAGGAGAAGCUGAGAUUUGGUUAAAUAAGUGGAGCGACAAUGCUCAGGGUGACUAUUUCCAGUACAAGGGAGUCCUUACUGGUAAUGCGAGGUGCACUCAGGGAUGGGGUGUAGGCCUCGAUGACUUGGGUCUUCGAUUUGCAGAUCUAAAUGGAGACGGUCGGGCAGACUACCUCUGUAUGGAUCCGGAUGGCCGUACGGAUGGCUGGUUGAACAAGGGAGAGAAUAGUUUCGAAUCAAUCGGUCAAGUCAAGCGAAGUGAAGGCUAUGACCGUGCAAAUCAUCGUUGGGCGGACGUGAACGGGGAUCGGAUGGCUGAUUUCCUCUGGAUCGACAAAUUCAACGGUGAUACCAAGGUGUGGAUCAACCAAGGCCCUGUUCCUACCUUGGACUCGAAGUGGAGAUGGGAGCCCCCAGAUGGUCCGCAGUAUAUGGGAGCCGACCGAGGAGCUAACAUGCAUUUCCCUAAUCUUGGUGGGCUUGGGCGAGCGGAUUAUCACCAAGUUAUUCCCCGGACCAACGUUGCUUAUACCUGGUUCAACGAAUGUCCCAACGAGGCUUUGGAUGAUGCUGAUAGCACCGAAGAUCCUGGAUUGCCUCAGUACCCUGCACCACCUCAGCCCGCUUCUAUAAAUAAUAUCGGAGCUAAUGACGCCAUGUAA